CUCAGUUGAGCGAACGUAAUUGCACAAAGCUGCUGCAAGCAAAUCCAAACUGCCUGCUUUGCAAUGCUGCACAAAAAAUGUUCGCCAACGCCAUCUCGUCGUUUUCGCUGGUGCAUACAAAGAAUGCGAGCGCUGUUUGCCAUCAUCGACAUGCAAGUAAAGACAAGACGAAGGGAAAGGCUCGGCGCACGGCGUGGCCUGGAGAGGAACGGGAAAGUGCAACCCGGGCCUUGCCCCUCCCACAGUCCGGCUGGGCGUCUGGCACACCCAACCUACCCCGACGGAGAGCCAGCCAUCUGCGCACUUGAGUACGCCCCGCUAAUACCUUCAACUGGCAGAUUGCACCGGUCUUGCGGUGCGGCCAACAACGGGCGCGGCCGGCAGGUCAACACAAAGGCGCGGUAGACGAUGUGCUGCCGGUCGUACCGCCCUUCCUGGGCUUCAUUGUGGCACCGAUGCGACCAGGUGACAGAAGGGGCUGCGACGCGGGGCAGGCCCCGUGAAAAACACGGGCGCACGGCGAACCCGAUGGCGCAUCGGCUUGCACCUGCAUUCAGCCGGCAGGUCUACUAGUCUACGUUUACACUUCCCAUUUUCACCGCCUGAACCAUGAUGAUACUCACGCCCGCGGGCUCCUCGGCGGCCGCUCUGCACGCGGCCAGCAGCGGCGGCCGCAGUCGCACUCGACUCAGCGGCGCCAGCACUCGCCGUGGCAUCUGCUGCAGCAGCCAUGGGCCGGCUUCGUAUAGCUUCGCUACUGGCCUGCCUAGCAAGCGGCUGAGCUGCGCGGGGGCUGCAGCAGGGGCCUUCCGUGGGUCUCGGAGCGCGCCGCUCCGGAACCGCAUCAUCGCGGCCGCCGCGGCGCCGCGCAGCCCUCCGGGCAGCAGCACCAGCAGCACCCUCGGAGCCGACCCGCCGCAGAAGAACGCCGCGGACGCGGCCGGCGGCGGGCACAAGCCGCAGCAGCCGGCGGCGGUGAUCGGCAUCGACUUCGGCACCUCGGGCUCGGGCUACAUGGCGGUGGUGCUGCCGGCGCCGGGCCGCGCCAAGCAAACCACCAUGUGCACCGCCUGGCCCGACUGCCCGGAGGCCAGCGGCGACAGCAAGACGCGCACAGCGCUGCUGUACCGCGGGAGCAAGGUGGACUCCUUUGGUUGGACGGCGUGGAAGCGCUGGGCCGGCAUGACAGAGGCGGAACGGCGCAAGGAGGACUGGUGCUACGUGGAAGGAUUUAAACUGCUGCUGGAUGGCGAGGACAGCGGCAGCGUCAGUAGCAGUGGUGAUGGUGGCAGUAGCCUGGCGCCGCCUGAUGAGCUGGUGGCAACGGGUGUGAGCUCCCAGCUGCCCAGGGGCAAGGGCGCGACGGAGGUGGUCAGCGACUUCCUGGCAGAGCUGCGCAAGUACGUUACAAAGCGCCUGCAAGGACCGCGGCCCGCCGCCGGGGCUACUGCCACCGCCACUGCUGCGCCUGCGCCGCCCGCCCUGGAUAUGAAGUCCGUGGUGUGGUGCGUCACGGUGCCGGCCCUGUGGCACGAGGCCGCCAAGCAGCGCCUUCGCAGGGCCGCCAGCAUGGCAGGCUUCAUGGCGACUAACAACCCCGACUCUCUGAUCCUGGCGCUCGAGCCGGAGGCCGCUGCUGUCGCUGUCGUUGCCACGGGCAGCAGCAGCGGCGGCAGCACCAGUUGCAUCAGCGGCGGCGGCAGCAGCAGUGGCAGCGGUAGCGAUGGCACCGGCGGCGGACUCGUCCUCACGCAGGUGACUUCGGACCCGGGCACCACUGACGCCGCUGGCCCCUCGAAAGCCUCCGCCGCAGCUGCGGGGCAGCAGCAGCAGCACCAGCACCAGCACCAGCACCAGCAGCACACGCGGCUGGCGGACGGCGACGUGGUGUUGGUGGUGGACUGCGGCGGCGGCACCGCCGACAUCACAAUGCACGAGGUGGUCAUCGACGAGGGCGCAGUGGGGGCCGGCGGCGGCAAGGCGCCGCCGGCUGUGCACUUGUAUGAGGCGGCGGUGGGCUGCGGCAUCAAGGCGGGCGGCCGCUUUGUGGACGCGGCUCUGUUUGCGCUGCUGCGGGGCCACGUGGGGCCGGAGGUGUGGGACGAGUGGAAGAAGCUGCACCCGGGCGAGUGGACGGACUUUGCGAUGCGGUGGGAGACCACCAAGCGGGUCAUCAAGGGCGGCCACGUGGACCUGCAGCUGCCGCCUGGUCUGGUGGCCAUGCGGCGGCAGCAGCCGCCGGCGCCGCAACCGCCGGUGAGUGGGUCCGCCGCCGGACCAGACCAGGCCAGGCCGCCACAGGAGAGGCCCCUGCGGCAGCUGGAGGAGGAAGAGCAGGAACACGAGGAGGAGGAGGAGGAAGAGGAGGGAGGCGCGAGUGCGGCGCCGGCAACAGGCCGCCGCCAGGGGCUAGAGGGGUGGAUGACGGAGCGGCUGCGCUGGGGGCGCGGCCACACCAGCCCGCAGACCAUGAACGAGAGGCGAGCGGCCGCCGACGCCAACAGCAAGAGCAUCAGCGGCAGCAGAAAGAGCAGCAGCGGUGGCAAUGGCAGUAGCCGCGGCAGUAGCAGCAACCAGCAGCAGCAGCAGCAGCAGCCUCUGCCCCAGGACGGUGUCAUUCUGGAUUCCAUCACGGGGGUGGUGCAGCUCAGCGAGCGGGUGCUGGAGGCGGAGGUGUUUGGGCCCGUCAUGGAGCAGAUCGUGGUGGCGGCGGCGGAGGUGGAGGCGCGCGGGCGGGAGCAGGACAAGAGACUGACCAAGGUGCUGCUGGCGGGCGGCUUCGGCAACUCCCGGCUGCUGCAGCGGCGGCUGCUGCGCCUGGCGGGCGAGUGGGGCGUGCCGCUGGUGCUGCCGCGAGACCCUGGCGCCGCCGUGGUCACGGGCGCCGCGCUGCUAGGCCUGGAGCCGAGCUUCGUGGUGGCGCGGCGCAGCCGGCUGACGUACGGCGUGCGCUGCCGCGCGCCCUGGACAGUGGCGUUCGCAGAGAGCGCCGCCGCCUUUGGCUACCCGCAGCGCGUUUGGCGUGACGAGGACGGGACCAUUGAUGCCGACGAUGUGUUUGAGACGUUUGUGCACGCGGGGCAGCUGGUGGGCACCAACGAGGUCGUGAAGCGCGUGUUCUGCCCCAACAGCAGCACCUCCACCGCUACUCAGUGCGACCUCUACUGCACACCCGCCGCGCUGGCCACCUGUGUCGCCGAGCCCGGCAUGCGGCGGCUGGCCACCGUAACGCUGCCGCUGCCGGAGGGCUGGCUCAAGGCAGUGGGCCGGCGCACCGACUAUGCCGUCCAGGUGGAGAUGCACUUCGGCACCUCGGAGAUCAAGAUGGCGGUGAGCGACCCGCACACCAGGGAAGCCGUGCUGGCGCCCCAUGUCGACUGGAGGUAGCUGCGUGUGUGUGUGUGUGUGUGUGUGUGUGCGUAUAUGUGUACGCGCGCGUAUGUGUGUGUGCGUGUGUGUGUGUGUGUGUGUGUGUGCGUGUGCGUGUGUGUGCGGAUCUGCAGUGUGCCGGCCUGUGGUGUGGGAUGUGGGGUGGGGUGCGAUGGGGGCUUGCAGCUGGAGUGCUGCUGGCCUGGAGCGUGAUGGCGGUGCAGCGGCAGCCACAAGCUUCAUCAGCCUUGCUUGGAUGCUGCAGAGGGGGAGGAGGAGCAAGCGGACCUGUACCUGUAUCUACAUGUGUAUAUUAAUUUGUUGUUAAGAGUUCUUCCCUUGUUCGUUGUUCGUGAGGCUCUUGCGUGCAUGCCAGCAAUGUACAGUACAAAGACGCCGCAUGCGUUCGGGUUGUGUUCGGGUUGGGUUGCCUUGCGGUUUGUCCGUUGAUGUUGCGAGUCAGUUUGCGGACAUGAACGGUUGCAGCGGUGACACUCGUGCCUGCUCAGGAGGAAGAAAGGCGGGCAAGGGACCAUGCGGCGCCAUGUGCAAAUGUGUGCAUGGGGGCAUCAUUGUUGGAUUGCUGUCCGCCCGAACACACAAUUGCAAAUGCAAGCUGGUCUUAAGGCGAUGUGCAUUUCUGCAGGCGGUUGGGUGAGCGCUUUGCGGGCUGUGGGCAGCUGUGGGUUGUGGGACAGCGAGGGGCGGGCAGUCCUGGGAAUCGCCG